UUACGGUACUUAAUUUGUUCCCAGAUUUUAACGAAAUAAAACAUGAGCUACUUAACUAAUAUUAGGGGACGUCGACAUUUGUUAUGUGUUCUUUUCAUAGUUUUAACUACAGGUUUAAGUCCGGCCAAUGGGGGAGGAAGUAUUGAGAAUCCCGCAUCUCAUAAUUUAGUCAAAGAUUCCGACAAAAUCACUGGAUUCCGGAACGGGAGGAAAAUAAAAUUGCCAGGAAAAUGGUAUCUUGAGAACAUUUUGACCAGAAUUUUCAACGCUGCAAAUCCUCCUCCUCCUCCACCCGAUCCUGCAACAACUAUUAGUCCGUCAACAGCUUCAGAAACUUUUGCAACAAUUGAUGAAGGGUCUUCUACACCAACCGUACCGGGAACGUUCCCCACAGCGCCUACAGGACCGGUAACUUUCCCUACGGUACCACCUACUCCGGCAACUUUCCCCACUGUACCUACAGGACCAGUCACUUUCCCUACAGUACCCCCUGAACCAGUAACGUUUCCUACAGUACCCACCGGACCGGUAACGUUCCCUACAGUACAAUUGUCCACCGGACCGGUAACGUUCCCUACAGUACAAUUGUCCACCGGACCGGUAACGUUCCCUACAGUACAAUUGUCCACCGGACCGGUAACUUUCCCCACAGCACCCACCGGACCGGUAACCUUCCCUACGAUACCAGUAUCCAUCGCACCGAUAACUUUCCCCACAGUACCCGCAGGACCGAUAACCUUCCCCCCAAUAAGCCCAUAAGAUAAGUGGUAUUUCUUUUCUCAAUUAUGUAUCCAGGUUUGCAUAAAUCUGAAAACUUGCCAUUUGAUGAUAAAAAGACACAGGAAUCAAAUUUGUAUACAUUACGAACUAAUUAUCUUCAGACGGUAUGUACCAAUUCAUACGAAAUAUGUAAAUUCGAAAUGAGUUGAACAUUUAAAUGAAUAAAUCAACUAAU